UUCCAAUUCAUUUCUACCGAACAAAGCUUUAGGAGUUAAAACAAAUAAAACUAGGUUACCCAAUAAUUACAUUAAUAUCUUUCAACAAUUUUUGCCAAAAUUUCCUCAUACAUUCUUCCUCCUCUCGUUCAUAGAAAUCAUCAACUUCAGUUGCAAUUAACAUGUCGUUUCAAGGCAAGAAACUCAUCAACGAUUCCAAUGCUGUGGUGACUGAAUUCAUUGAGGGUUUGGUGGAGACUUAUCCGGGAUUGCAGUAUUUAGAUGGUUUCCCAGAGGUCAAGGUUGUUUUGCGUGCUGAUGUGUUAAGCUCAACUUAUGAUUACGUUUCUGUUAUAUCAGGAGGUGGCAGUGGUCAUGAGCCUGCUCAUGCUGGAUUUGUGGGUGAAGGAAUGCUUACUGCAGCUAUUUGUGGGGACAUUUUUGCCUCUCCACCAGUUGAUUCAAUUCUAGCUGGAAUCCGAGCUGUAACAGGGCCCAAGGGGUGCCUCUUAAUUGUUAAGAAUUACACUGGGGAUCGGCUCAAUUUUGGUUUGGCAGCUGAACAAGCGAAAUCUGAAGGAUACAAAGUCGAGAUGGUCAUAGUUGGAGAUGAUUGUGCUUUACGACCUAGAGGGAUAGCUGGGCGUCGAGGCUUGGCAGGAACCAUUCUUGUUCACAAGAUUGCUGGAGCGGCAGCUGCUGCUGGUUGUUCACUCGUUGAAGUUACAGAUGAAGCUAGAAGAGCAUCUGAAAUGGUUGGAACUAUGGGUGUUGCAUUAUCUGUGUGCACCCUUCCUGGUCAAGUCACAUCAGAUCGUUUGGGCCCUGGAAAGAUGGAACUUGGUCUUGGAAUCCAUGGAGAACCUGGUGCUGCUGUGGCUGAUUUGCAACCUGUCGAUGUUGUUGUUGCUCAUGUUCUUAUGCAAAUAUUAUCAGCGGAAAUUAAUUAUGUGCCUAUUGAACGCGGGAAUAACGUAGUCCUCAUGGUUAAUGGGUUGGGUGCCACUCCUGUGAUGGAACUAAUGAUUGCUGCAGGAAAAGCCAUUCCUAGAUUGCAGUUGGAGCAUGGGCUUGCUGUUGAUCGGGUGUAUACAGGCAAUUUUAUGACUUCCCUCGACAUGGCAGGAUUGUCAAUUACUGUCAUGAAAGUUGAUGAAGGAAUUCUGCAACGAUUAGAUGCUCCAACAAAGGCUCCAGCCUGGCCUGUUGGUGUUGAUGGUAAACGCCCUCCUGCAAAGAUUCCUGUGCCUGUCCCGCAAUCUCCAAAUUUACAGUGCAAUGAGCUUUCAACUCGGCCACAAGAAUUAAGUGAACAAGGUCAUAUACUUGAGGUGGCUAUUGAAGCAGCAGCUAGUGAAUUGAUUAAUAUGAGGGAUGCUCUUAAUGAUUGGGAUAGUAAAGUUGGUGAUGGUGAUUGUGGAUCUACAAUGUUUCGCGGCGCUUCUGCAAUCUUAGAAGACAUGAAGAAAUAUUAUCCUUUGAAUGACGUAACAGAGACUAUAAAAGAGAUUGGAUCGUCUAUCAGAAGGGUUAUGGGAGGGACGAGUGGUAUAAUAUAUGACAUCCUCUUCAAGGCAUCAUAUGCUGAAUUAAAGUCUACCAACCAGAGCACAGUUACAUCUAAAGAAUGGGCAUCGGCACUUCAGGCCGCCAUUGCUGCCGUGAGUAAGUAUGGAGGGGCGAUUGCUGGCUACCGGACACUAUUAGAUGCACUUAUUCCAGCUUUAGAAGUUCUACAAGAGAGACUAAACACUGGGGAUGAUCCUGUGGAUGCUUUUGUUAUCUCAUCUGAAGCAGCUCUUAGCGGUGCUGAAUCUACUAAGCACAUGCAUGCUCAGGCUGGGCGCUCAACAUAUAUUUCCAGUGAUAUUCUAGCCUCUGUUCCAGAUCCUGGUGCUAUGGCUGCUGCUUCGUGGUAUAGAGCAUCAGCUUUAGCUGUCAAAAAGUUUCACCAGACUUCAUAGUAUACUUCAUCUGUUGUGAAGGUUUUUCCGUGUCUCCCUUUAUUUGGUCCUACAGCGCAUACGUCCUGUGAUAUUCUACCUUGUGUUCCAGAUCCUGGUGCUAUUGGCUUGCUGCCUCAUGGUAUAGAGUUAGCAGCAUUGACAAUCAAGAAGUUUUACCAAACUUGAUAGUUUAGAACAUCUAUUGCCAAGAUUUCUUUGUGUGCCCCCUUUUUUGGCCGCAGAGCUAAUUUUGUUUCAAUCUUGCGCAUAUGACUACAGUUGAAAAUGAGCUAAUUUAGUUUCAAUCUUGCGCAUAUGACUACAGUUGAAAAUUUGACAUCAACGUCAUCUGCUUACUUUUAUGUAUCCUUGAAAUGAUCUGAUUUUACUCCUACAAUAUCCGGGCUACUGCUGAGGUUGUAUUUGCACAUUACAUAUUGUCUAUAUCCAUUUUCUUAA